AUGCCGGAGCGGAGUAGUCGUGUACCGUCCAGCAUGGCUCCGACCUUGGUACCUUUGGACACAUCGUCAUCAUCACCACCCACCUUUCCGCGGGGAGAGAGCUAUCGACCGCUUCCGACCCCGCUCGCAUCGCACCCCGGACUCAACUCGUAUGGUUCUACAAGCGCAACUUCGUAUGAGGCCGCAGCGUCGGCGUCGGCGUCGGCAUCGGCAUCGAUCCACAACGGUUCCGAUCGGCCGCAAAGCUCGACCGUCCUUGCAUCAGAGCGGUCCUACCGUCCACCACGUCCAUCAACGGGUGCCCUCUCGACCAUCUCGUCCUUGCUCUUGGGCGAUCAUCCUCAUCGACACGGUCAUUCCCGAUCGUCCCCCACCUCGAUCCCAAACCAGAGUGCCGUGCCCGAUCGCGCGCGAUCCGAUCCGGGCUCGGCCUCGACUUCUUCAUCGUCGUCGCUGCUGCUGCGACGCGGCAAACAAGACCUCUCGGAGCAAUUCUCGCUCGGUCACCCACUCGACAGCUUCAAUUGCAGAUAUGGUGGUGACAAGCAGAUCGACACCUCGGCCGAUGACCUCGGUGACAUCCCGCCGUUGCCAAAGUCCGCUCUUGUCUCGGACUCGAGUGCGCGAGGUGCUCGUCAACGUCGAGCGAGCUCCCGGACCCUCUCCAUGGGCCCAGAGACGACGCACGAACUACCUCCCAGCCCGGUUGGGCUACCCGGAGCCUGGUUCGACGACAUCAACGCCACCCACUCGGCGUUGCUGUUGCCGCCGCCCUUCUUGGACGAUUCUUCUUCGAGGCAGAGCUUUGAAGGUCCGUGCGGGGGACGGGCAUUGGACGUGAUUGCUGCCACCUACACGAAUUUAGCGGCCCACGCUGACUUUCCUCGUUUUCUUUUUCAUCUCUCUGUCAAGGACUGUUGGGCACCCGAGAAGCCAAACUACGGCAAGCGCGCCUACGGAAAGAGAUGCGCAACUAUGCCAAGGACCGACCGCCGCGGCCUGCGUUCCCGCAGUCGCUCCUGUCGACAGCCUCAAAGCUCGUCACCGCACUGGGACCCCCCGGGGGCGUCGACUCGGGCAGUUACUACCGAGCUUGGAAGGACGAUCCCAUCGAUCCAACACCCGGUUCGGUCAGGAAGGAACGUCGAAGGGUGCAGAGGGCCAACUCGGCGAUGAAGGGCUUGGAGGUGGGCGAGAAGUACGCCAGAAAGUUGGCGGAGCGCUUGAUGGCCGAGCGGUCCAGAUACACGGACGGAUCACUCGACGCCGAAGCGAACAAGGGCGACGUGGACCACAUCGAGCCGCAAGUCGACGGACCCGCAGCCGAGCUGUUCGCGGGCAGGAUGUUCGUUGCGGCUACCCCCAUGUCGUUGCUGCAAGGCUCGCCGGGGAGUCAUCUGAGUCCACCGCUCUUUGGGAUCGCCACUCCUGCCCUCAGCGAGUCCGUUUCAAAGCGGUCAGCGACCCAAGAUGCCGAGGCGCCGCAUGAACCACCAAAGGCAUUCUUGCAUCCCAACUUUGACGACACAGGGGAGGAUAUGUCUCCCCUACCUCUCCUGCUCGACGCCACCCACAAGAGUGCGCCAUCUUCCCCACUCGAUUAUGGCUUCUUCGCCAUUCGCACACGCCACAACGCCGGCAAAGCUGCGACCAGUCUUGCUGGGUCCUUUUGGGAUGCCACCGCCGCGGUGGAAGGAACGACAGACGACGGCGAGAUUGCCGAUUUGUCCAGCUCAGGGGAUGCUUCGCCCAAGCAGCUUGCCGUCCCUGCAGCCUCCUUUCUGCUCCCCAAGGUUGAUACACGCACCAGACCUAUGGUGGAUCUGCUCAUUUGGCUUCUGGUAGGCUCUCCCGAUGUUUCUGGCGGCUUUGACCAAGGCUUGGCUAGCGUGGGCGGUCUCCUCGGCACUACCCUUCACCUCGUCGGGUUUGCGGUGUUCGUGCUGGUGCACACCUGGGCCCUGGGCGUAUCGCUCUGCGCCACGCUUCGAUCCGUGGCCCUGUUCUCUCAUUGGACAUUCCUCAAUUUGACAGGCCGGACGGACCUGUCGAUCGUGGCAAGGGAGUACUUCAUUCUGUGCCAAAAGGAGUGGAACCUUGUCUCCGCCGAGGACGGCGUCAAACUCAGCAUUGGCAGCGUCCUGUUGGGCCUCUUUGAAUUGAUGGCGAUCCAAGCUAGUGAGUUCGGACUCGCGUGGUAUCGUACGUAUGACUCUACGAGAGGAGCUCACCUCCAUGUGCGUGUGUGAGAGAGCAGUUUCAAAAGAGAGAUGGAUUGCUGAGGGUCCUGGAAAGCUGGUGCUCGUGAACGGCGAUGAAGCGGCUCGAUUCGCUGCGUCGGCGGAUUGCAGCUCACUCGAAGCAAGCUCGUCGCCGAUUGUCGGGGGAGGGGCGUCCCCACUCUUGCGCCGGUUCUCUAAAAGUCGCAGCCUCGUCUUCAACCGUCCCUCCGUUAGUCGACGUGGCACCUCGCGGCGCUGGACCGUCGACGAUGGCGAAGGUCUGAUUGUGACCGGCGGCGGCGAUUCGAUCCUGGAAGGCACCAUUUACAACGAGUCCGUCGACCCCCUCGCGUAUGCGUCACCUUCUUUCACGCCCCAUCCGGGCUCGGCGACGGGAGCCAACACGGGAAUCCCGGUUCUCGACGAACUGGACGACGUCCCACCGCUCGAGCUGGGCGAUGCGUUACCCGGUGAUACGCUGCCGGGCUUCUCCUUUCCACCUUCGCCCGUCUCGUUCCUCGCCGCGAGCCCAAAGUCACCCCCUACGCGUCCCAUUCUGGACGGCCCGGACGAGUCGACGGCGUUCGUCAUGCUGCUGCGUCGACACGCGCGACUUGCUACGGCGUCUUAUGGCCUGCACACUUACAUCCUGGCCCCUCCAACGCCGUUGUUCACGCCUUCGGGAGCCACGCUCCCGCAUCGCGUAUUUUCGCAUCUUGGCGGCGUCGAUCACAAAGCCGUGCUGCAUGUCGCGAUUCAAAAACAUUAUACAGGGAUCCCGGCGGUGGCAGGGGACGAGGCGGACAGCAUCUACGAACCACAAUUUUAUCUGCUUCGAGAUGAUUUGCAUGGCGAAGUGGUAUGCGUCGUGCGAGGCACGCAGUCGUUGGCUGACAUGUGAGUGAGGAGGCAUAGGCUUCACCGCGCCCCGCUCGAGACUCAUACCUUUACUUCGUCCUGUAGCCGAACGGACCUGGAAGCAGGACUCGAGCCCGUGGAAUUACCAUCGCUGGACCCUUCGUCGCGGGGAACGGAAACAUUCAAAGCUCACGCCGGCAUUCUCGCCGCCGCUCGCCGUCUACUCGAUCCCGAAACCUCGCCUCUGUUCACCAAGCUCCGCAAGGCGCUCGAAGAUCAUCCGGGCUACUCGCUCGUUUUGACCGGUCAUUCGCUGGGCGCCGCGAUCGCCUCGACCGUCGCUUUCCUCGUCGGCCAAUACACGCCGGCCGAACCGGAAAGUAUCGGUGGACCAAGCGUUGCGACGCACGCGACGUAUGUACUGAGCGACCACGAACACGAUCGGGGACACUGGACCGUCUCGCCUAGAUGUGGACUUCCCGCUCAUCGACCCGUUCGCGCCAUCUGCUUUGCCCAUCCCGCUACCGUGGAUCUCCCUCUGGCGAAACGAUGCUCGCUGGGUCAGACUCCGCUCGUUCUCAGCGUUUCCUUAGGGCCCGACGCCGUGUGUCGGAUGGGGAUCCCCCAGGUACGCGAGCUGCGCAGGGUCCUCGGUCGAUUGGCUAAGAAUCGUCGCAAAUGGCUCAAGUUGCAGAAAUCGGCCGUAGAAGCUGGAGGUCGUCGUAGCCAAAGUGUCUCACAAGUGGUUCCGGGAACAAAGAGGAUGCAACACGGCAAGAGCGAAAUUCUGACCGCUUGGUGGAGGUGGAAGAAGCUGCAAGGCGGUAUUCGACAAAUCGAUCUCGAAGCGGCGAAGAACGGUUCUCACCCUGUUCAGCUGACCAAAGCCGAGCUAGAGGAGAGGAACAAGAUCGAAGAAAAGGCUUGGAAGUGGAGGUGCGAGAUGGACGGGAUCGAGGACGACGAUGUCCAUCCCGAGGGCAAGGAUCAAAAAACGCUGUUCACGAGGAUGAUCCCGUGCGGGAAAGCGUACCACAUUGAUCGAUUGCCCGUCGAGAUGGAAUGGAAGCGAAAGCAAGACACUGUGGCGGAGCGGGAGCGGGUCCAGCGUCAACGGGAUCAGCAAGCCGAGGAGAUGGACCAGGACCAGGAGGAUGACGAAGAGUCCCAAAUGUGGGGCUUGUACGAGGUCGCCGCACCGGAUGCGUUCUAUGCGUGUCCUCACCUCGAGGCCGAUCUGGUCAAGUCCCACUUGCCCAAAGAGUAUCUCGAUGCAGUAAAUAGUUUAUAG